AUGCCGGCUGAAUCGGAGCCCCAUGGUCAUCAACUUGCCAUGAAAUCGAAACACAAGCCUGUAAACAUAAAGGCCCUAUUCAAAGUGUCAAUGCUCCUCUGGGUACUCUAUACCGUAGCCAGCCUGUAUUGGGUGCUCCACUUCAUCAUGGACCCAGAAUCCAAACCUUCAGCGCUUCUAGUGUUUAUACAGACUUGGCAGAUACUGAGCGGCAUCCUAGGAAUAUUUUUUGGAAGUAUGGCGAUUGUUGAAGCGAAGAAAUUACAGUGGAUCGACGGGCUUAUGGGUUUUUGGGCAUGUUCCCUAUUGUUGACCGUCACCACUAUGAUUUGCAUCACGAUUUGGGGAUCGGAAAGCGAGAUAGCCAUCUUCGAUGACGCCAACGUACCAGUUGUAGCAAUGGGUCUCCCAACCUGGCUGUGGAAACCAAAAACGCAUCACCCGUUGGCUCCGGUGGAAUCGCGCAACUAUCGAUGCUGCUGCAGCUGCUGCACCGCCAAGUGCGGCUUCACCACCGUUUUGAUCUUCUGGGCCAUCGGCGCUCUCCUGACUCUCGGUUUCCUGAUGAUCUUCAUGUUGGCGCCGGCGGUUUAUCUGAAGCUACUCAAGAUGCCGGAGUUCUACACGGUGGUCUUCAGUCUGCUAUGCGCCUUUACGGGGGUGCGCUCGAUUCAGACGUUGAAACCGUGUUGGAUGCAGUUGUUCCUGAUCUUUUGGUUUGUUGGCUCGGCCCUGAGCUGGACACUUUGGAUCAUCUACUGGGUGAUGCUAACCGAAGGCUUCGAGCAGAUGAGCGCAAAGGACAAGAUGGAGGAGGGCAAGAAGCACGUCGACACGAGGCCUUUUACCUGGACCCUUUUGGCGCCACUUAUCGUCACGCUGUUGAUCUGCCAAACGUUCUUCACGUGCCUCUUCCUAUCCUACUAUCGCUACGUGCGUGACCGCCAACUCGAGAUUGACCAGCAGCGCGGCCAGAUGACGGCCAUCACCACGCACAAUAUU